GCAAAACAGAGAGCAAGCAAAAAACCGAGCUGCUGCUGUCAAUCCUGCGAAGAUGAUGCGGGAAAAGGGCGACGACAAAAGAAUUUUCCAAUCAUGAAGAUGGCUGACGGUUCUACGAUCCUUCGAAGAAACAGACCCGGAACCAAGGCUAAGGAUUUUUCAAACUGGCCCGAUGAACCGUUCGAAGAGAUGGACAGCACUCUUGCAGUGCAGCAGUACAUACAGCAGAUGAUCAAGAAGGAUCCAUCCAAUGUGGAGCAAAUUUUGACGAUGCCUGAUGGGCAAGAUGAAGGCGUAUGGAAGUACGAACAUCUCAGACAAUUCUGUAUGGAAUUGAACGGUUUGGCGGUGCGGCUACAGACGCAGUGUUUUCCUGCCACCUGCACCCAGAUGACGGCGACCGAGCAGUGGAUCUUCCUGUGCGCGGCGCAUAAAACGCCAAAAGAAUGCCCGGCGAUCGACUACACACGUCACACGCUGGACGGGGCCGCUUGCCUUCUCAAUAGCAAUAAAUAUUUUCCCAGCAGGGUGUCAAUCAAGGAUUCAUCAGUGGCGAAGCUCGGAUCCGUUUGUCGGCGGGUCUAUCGAAUUUUCUCGCAUGCGUACUACCACCACCGGCGAAUAUUUAACGAGUUCGAAGAGGAAACGUAUCUGUGUUUGCGGUUCACUCACUUUGUCACCAAGUACUCUCUGAUGUCGAAAGAAAAUCUGAUUGUUCCGAUUCCGGAGGGAGAACUGACGCCCGGCGAAAGCGAGGCUUAAUAAAUUCAAAUAAAUUGCAUCCCAAAAACCUCUAACUGCUACUAUGCCCCUCCCCUUUCUGGAUCAUUGUUUGUGAGUUUGGACAUCAGCGUUAGAUUUGUGGAAAGGAUUAGUUUUCCUUAUGUUUAUGUUCUAUAUGUGUAACAACAACCAGGUUGAAUGUUCUUUGACUUGUUCCUCGUCUCUCGAAGCGCUUGUUUGAAAAAAAGUUUAUGUUUUAACUCUCGAACGUCCAUGAUGCCAGCCAUGCGAAGCAUCUUUUAUAGAAGAUCAGAACAUGACACGGGAGUUCGUAAUCAAAGAUAAACAUAUUUGUAGUAUUUCAAUCAUUUAAUAACCAGGGGAAACAAUGAGCAUACAUAAAUAUAUUGGAGCAAGCGUCAUUCGAAAUCUGUAUAAUCUACUCGACAAAAACGUGUAAAAUUAAAAGUAUUUAUCGAUUGAACAGUAGUUUAAUUUAUAUAAAAAGUAUGUAGACUACAAGUGAAAAAUAAAACAAACAAUAACUAUCUCUUAAGACAUCGCACCGAUCUUCAAAAGGCUGAAGUGAAAUUGAAAAAUAAAAGGGAAAUUGAAAACAAUAUGCUCUAGCCCGUGAACAGCAACCAUCCCUCUUGGAGCCCUGUGUUUUAACUAUCCAUGAUGCAUGCGCACCCUGUUCGUUACAUCUACCUGUUUUCUAACAUCCAGCGAAGGCAUGUUUUGGGUAUCAAAUCUUUAUGAUCUCUUUAAAAAUGAGAAAAUACACUUCAAAAUACAAUAGUAACAAUACCGCAAACGUUUAGGGUUUUCGACAGGCGCCAAACGAAUUACAUGUCAGUUUUUAUGCUGUUUGAAGUUGAAAGGAAAUCCAAAAAGUAACGCAUUAUUACACAGAAUUCACGACAAUUUGUACGAAUCGUAACAGAACAGAGUAUAAACAGUGUUUAGUAACUACGUAUACACGUCAUAUAUAGUCACUCACCAUCAGCAAACUAUAUCAAUAGCGAGAAGGGAAAGAAGAAAUGUUAAAGUAAUGCACCGGAGGUAAAAGAUGGUUACACCUGAAAGGAGAGAUUAUGUAAUUAAGCCUUGGAAAGGAGAAAGUCAAAUAAAAUCAUUAGUAAUAUGAUCAUUUAA